UUACAAAAGCCAAGCAGGCUUAAGUCAUCAUGAAACAAUAGUUCAUUCACAUUAUAAUACACCUCGAACUGGACUUAUACCUCAACCACCUGAAGCAAUUAUUGAAUUCAAAAACAUAUUGGUUCAUAUGAUACAAACUAAAUUAAAAACCAGCAUACAACAA